AUGUAUCCCUCUGCGCGUGAAGUGGAGGAGGUGGUACUGUCUACAUUAAGGCGCGGUGACUGGCGGCGUGCGGUCAAGCUUCUCGCAGGGGCAGUGACACUUCCGUGUGUACCAACUACACGAACUUACGCUGAGGUUGUUGCGGCUGUCGCAAAGCAUGGCACCUGGGAAGAGACAGUACGAGUGUGUGACCGAUUACACAACAGUCCACUUUCUGCCCGUGCUCUUUACCGCACUGCAGCAGAUGCGUUGCUCACAGAUUAUUCCGGUAACAACAAUAGCAAUAAGGCUGAAUUCCUUCUUGCAAUUGUUCUUGCCGCUCGACGUCGCCGAGUGCCAUUAGCAACCUAUCACCUUCAUCAUUGCAGUCGUAUGUUGCAGGAUGCCGGGAACUGGCGGGGAGCGCUUCUUGCAGGUUCCCAAGAACGUCUCGUUCAGCAAGCACCAGCCCUUGCGCAUCCCAUGAUGCUCGCCGCAGCAUCUGGUCGUCAUUGGGAGUCUGGAUCAAAAAUCAUGUCCUCUUUGCUUGCUUCUUGUACCGCCCCUAGUGGGACUAUCACUGAAAAUUUUAUUCGUUGUUUUACUCCUGCAGCUCCAUGGUGGCGUGCGCUGGCUGUCGCGUCUGUUCUCUCUUGCAGCAACGAACCGGGAGUCUUGCAGGUAGCAUGCGAACUACGCAAUGAAGUAAACCGUGGUGGAGGGCAGUCAAGUGUAAAUGCUGAAGAGAAAAAACAACAAAUACUGUUGCGUCUUGUAGAGGGACAUCUGCAACCAUGCGAUCUUACAGUGGAAGAAGCAACAGAUGUGUUUGCCUUGAUGGGAGAGCAGCAUUGGGUGAAAGCUUUAGAUCUGUUGAGGCAGUAUCCCGUGUUAUUAACACACACUCCACACCUCCGUGUGUUGCUGCCGCCUUUAACACUACAUCAUAACAAUAUGCAGCGGCAGCAGUACAACUGGGAGGCUGUCUGGCAUGCUAUCACACACACACUCGCUAACGCUCCCAUGGACGAAGUCCUUACGACCGCACGCUUCUUCUUUAUAUAUCUCCACGGAGUGAAAGAAGAAGAAAUGAAGCGGGCGGGGCGCACUGUAUCGAUGUUUAUUAACGCAAGGCGUAAAGAAAAUGCGGAGUCACUGGAUCCAACUCUUCUGCAAGAAUUCCUUUCUGAGGCAUGUGCGUGCGGCUGCUGGGAAGCCGCACUCCUUGUCUCUAAGCGUCCCACUGCGGUAUUCUCGGAACUCGCUGAGAGUGAUCGCUGGGAAGCUGCCCUCACAGUGCACGCUGCGAUGCAACCGAAUGCUAGGGAGCGAGUUGCUCCACAAUUGGAGCAUUUAUUCAUUGCUAGGGGACUGUGGGAACCAGCUUUAUUGUAUGCACAAUUGCGUCUGCCUGCUGACACGUUGACUAUGCGUAGUUUGGCUGUUCCACUAUGUGCAGCUCUUGGACAAUGGUACCGUGUACUUCAGAUGCUUCAACUCUGCGCUCCUAAUCCUACAAAAGCAGAAAAAUUACUGAAACACUACUGUAUUCUGGAACACGGUGAAAACUUAAUUCGUAUAGCUUCAAAACGCAAUGACUGGGUUGGUGUGUUACAGGCUUGGAAAAAGGUACAACGGGUAUCAGAUAACUUGAAGACAGUUUCUACGAAAGAGAAUGAAAAAGAACCCCCACAGUUACGUAUGUCUCCUCAUGCCGUAAUGCGCACAGCAAAACUCUUGCUUGAUCAUCAACGGUAUGAUGAUUGUUGUAUAGUGGUUUCUACUUUUACACCCAACGUUUCAGAACCUAUUCUUCUUCGAUGUCUUAGGCUUUUUCACUAUAUUCGUUUGUCUCCACUAUCAUACGGGCGUGUAUUGCAGGAGUUCAGAGAGUUCAACACACCCUACAGAGUAGUGCUUGACUGUUACGCAGUUCUUGCUUUGACUGUAAGCAAAAACUAUACAGGUGCCUUUUCAAUACUUCUGCAACUGGUAUCAUGUCAAAAUGAGGGAACAAGGGACACUGUUGUCAAGGCAUUAGGUGAGGUUCCACACAUAAAGAAAAUGUUGCCAUCUAUCCUUUGUGAAAUUGCAAAACCAUCUCAAGCAUCCGAUUUAGAGAAUGUUAUGUUAUUUCUCAUUCCUUGUGUGGGAUCGUUAGAAGAUGUUGACCUAUUCAACAAACCGUUAAAGACUUUCUGGAUGAAUGAGAACGAUAUACUUCGUAACUUGUCGCUUCGUGUGUCUGUAGAACUCUUACGGCAUAUGGUGUCGCGGGAUUUACCCGUUCCCUUCGAGCUUAUGCAAAUCAUUGCGGCUGGAUUGGAGCAUCCGGAUGCUUUACCUACUGCCCUAAUUUUGUAUGAGUCUUUGCUACGGUGCAGUACAGUUACUACCCAAGAGAGUGAUAAUAAAACAAAAUCGGGCACUCUCUUAGCAUCAGAAGAUGAUAUUGAGGCAAUCUUUAAGCGUUGCAUUCAGGUAUUUAUUUGCAAAGGUCAAUGGAGUCAUGCGCUUGCCGCGAUGCAACACUGCAAGACCACCGAUUCGGAAACACUCUUUCGAACGACAGUUCUUUUAAAAGAGGAAAGGGAACGUCGUGAGAGGUUGGCGUAUCGUGUUAUAUUGGAAGCUACAAAAGAGAGUGAGGAGAGAUGGUGUAAGAUUCCACCUGGACAACAAAUGGAGGACACUAUUUUAACACUUACACAACUACACGCGUGGAAAAAUGCCCUCACCCUGUUUAAUGAGAGAGUGGAGCAUCACCAUUCCUCAGGUGAGACGAGAGGUUCUUGGGGGAUGGUUGUUGGUGCUUUACUUUCUUGUGUCGCUACCUGUGGCCCCUGGGAAACUGCAUUACAUCUUGUAAAGACGGUGCGGCAAGAUAUUCAAUUAGGGUCUGCCUCUAUCGAAAAGGGUUUAACCGAUGUGCUUCGCUCUGUUAAACGUCACAGUGGAGCCAUCAUGUGUAGCAGAGUUCUGCUCUAUAUGGUAGAAGAAAUGGGUGUCAUACCUACACCAUCACAGUAUGAAGUCCUUCUGCGUUCUUUUUUGUGGUCAAAAUUAACUGCAGUGGAGAGGGAUGUAUGUGGAAUGAAUUUGAGGCGUCUCAGUCACUCCCUCAAUGAAAAAGAAAUUGUUGAUCUGGUCGCUGCUAUCACCACAUCAGGGGCUUCCUGGAAGAAUGAGGGAGACAUUUCUUCUUUAGGGCGAUGGAUGAGUAACUCUCACCACUCUGGUAGUUCAACACCAUGGAUGCCUUUGGAACGGCCUUUGUUGUCUGAUGAGGAACUUGAUCAGCUAUGCCAUCUCGCACCUUUAAUUGUUCUUGCCACUUCACGAAUGUUAGAAAGUCUAUCACGCCAGAGUUUUUCAGGGCGUUUCAGACCUUUUGAGCUAAAGCUUCUGCUUCAGCAUUACCGCACAGAGGUGUUGUUGUGGGUUGACAAAAUCGAUAGUACUGAAUUGGGUGUAGACACACAACUAGUUAAGCAUUGUAUGGAAAAUCAUUUGUUACACGUUUUACUUGUGCCUUACGAGCGUGAAUGGCGACGAUUGGUUUCCUCCAAAGGAAAUGAUACCAUAGCAACAUCAUCUGCUGCAGUAGAAAGCUUCAUGAAGAAGUUACGAUGGGAGGUUUUCCACGGCUUCGUGUCGCAUCAAACCGUGUCAGGGGUAUGGGAUGCAUGUCAUUCUUCUGUAGAAAAGCUGACGAAACAGCGGUGGCCGUGGUUAUGCGAACAUGAAUUGCUACGUGAAGUUCAGCGACGCGGUGGAAAACCUCCAUUGUCACUUCACACACGACCGAAUGCAUCGCGUUCUGAAAUAGAGUCUUACUGGGCGACAUACGGCCGUCUGCUAUGGCCAGGGUUGUUCCUUAGUGGCCCGGAACUAUGUCAGCUAGCGGUGUAUGUCCCGCUUGUGGAGCCACUCCUUCGAGGGGCUCAAAUGGAAGAAAAACUUAUGGAACUUCUGGCAGACAUUCACGUGACCCACUUCUCUUCUGAAGCCAUACCUCGAGAAGAAGAACUACUUCGUCAACCGCGUUCACUUGAUGUAAUUCUUAUUGUGUUUAAACUGGCCUUUAAGACGCUGAAGCGCUUGCAUACCCAACUUGAUAUGGACGCUCGAGGUGGACGCCAUUACUAUUAUUUCCACCCUGAUACAGCAUUGUGGCAGCGACAUGAACAAAAAUCAGAUAACAUGCACACAAUCAAGCGAUUGUCACGAUGGUCACUUGCACUACGCAUUCUGCACCACUACCGACGGUCCACGACAAACGCAUUGCAACCGCGUACGUUGGCUGCCCUUGUUACCGCAUGUGCAGCUGACUUUAACGACGACAUGUAUGAGUUUAAGAAACAGCAAGCGCAGAAAAAACUCUCUUGGUGGGAGCUGGCAAUUAGGUGUGCUCAUAGCGUAGAACCAACACUUAAUCAUUCACUCUGGUGUCACGUUAUGCAGCUGGCGUCUUUACCUCAACAAAAGAAAGAUGAUAUAUCUAUGAUAAAAGGUGAUUACCGAGUAGAGAAUAUACAUGACACUUCUCUACAGGCCACUAUGCGUGUAAUGCUAGACCACAUCAAUAGGUCUGAAGGAAAUAUCCCCUUUGACAUGUCGCUCUUGCUACUGGACCAGAUGAAGGAGCUUCUCUGUGAGUCACUAUCAUCUGUUGAUAAACCUCAGAGGGAUGCUGAUGGGGACGAUGCUCUUGCAGUGUGGGUGAUGUUGCAGACCCACCACUGUUUGGAAAAAAUGGAACCACUCCAUGCAAUGUUGUUGAAACGGAUUGUGCUUGAAAGAGACUCUGGUCGGGAUAUAAUCUAA